AUGCGUAUCAGGCCAGAGGGUGAUACCAUUGUGGAGGCUAUAUCCGACCUGGUUGCCAAGUUCCCUACAUUCAAGAUUACCUUUGUUGGCCACUCACUUGGCGGAGCACUUGCAUCGGUAGCUGCAGCUGACUUUAUGCAGCUCUUCACAUACGGCCAGCCUCGCACCGGCAACUCGGCCUACGCACGUUGGAUUGAGAACCAAGGUUUCCCAAUCAGCCGCGUAGUCUACAAGAAAGACCUAGUCCCGCGUGUCCCCCUUCAGAGCAUGGGAUUCCACCACCACAGCGAGGAGCUCUGGUACACUCCGGCUGGCGGAUUUACCCAUUGCGGUUCGAAUGGGGAGAACCCAAACUGCCAGGACUCGGUUCCGUUCCUUACUUUGGAUGCCCGUGACCAUGGAGGCUACCCAGGACUGAGCUAG